UAAAGGCAACUACCCACGUCAUCCCCUUAAAAAGCUCCCUUCUUCCUCUCCCGUGAAAAAACCAGGCCCUUCUCCCUAUCCCCCCUCUUCCCAACCCCAACAAUUUUCUUCUCACUAAUCUACAAAGGUCCAUACCCAAAUUUUCACACAUCCAUAUCCGCCUUCUUCUUCCUACCCACCUUCCAUAACUCCCCAGAUUUCCACUCUUCUAAGUUCUAACUCAAACGGCGACAACUUCCCAAUUUUCUUUCACUUUCUAUCUUCUUCCCUUUUCCUCCGUCAAUUGAUUUCCCUUUUCCGCCAUGGAGAUGGUAUGCCCUUCCUAUCGUCCCCCUUAAUAGCUCCUCUCCAUUUCUCAUGACCACCAUAUGGAAGACCCCAGAUUCCUCCGAAGGCAACCGUCUUUCGAAUGCCACCAACAUCAUAAUAUUCCCCUUUUCGACUUCUUUGUGAUUCUGAGAAUGGCAAAGUUCAGAUUGCUUUGUAUGUCUGGCUUUGGUGUCUAUGACCAGAACCGAUGCCCUGUAUGCCCCAAUUACAUAUGUGACCAGUGGCGUACCGAAAGAUCUGUUUACUGGGAUUGAAGCCCACCAGCCUACAAUUCGAUAAAGUGUAUGGUUGAUGAAGCGUUAUCAAGAGAUGUCAACAACCACAAAGGCCCUCAAACCAGAGUCUUAAAGUGAUGUUGAAGGCACACCAUCCCCCACUCAAUGCUUACAAGAAUGAACCAGGAUACUAAUGCCCGCUUCGAACAACAACGAGAAACUUUUGGUCGUCACAUCAUUGCAAAUUCAAGUAACAACAAAUAAAUGAAAAGCUCCCAAGUACUCGGCACAUUCAGUUAUGCACAUAGUCAUCACACAACAAUGAUACUAUAAUUAUAUUACGAAACUUUAGGUUUUUCAUCAUACUCAUGUUUGUGAAGUACAGCGUUGGUCCCAAAUGACUAUGUUAUGAUGUGUUAACCAUUGUACAUUUAAAUAAUCUACAUCUAAACUUUUGUCUGUCAAGA